AUGUCAUAGUUGUUGUGGUUGGAAUUUAAUUAGAUAUCUUUAUUUAGCGAUGGCUGAGAAGUGUGGAUCAGAGAAAGCUUCAAGCUCUUCACCGAACCUGAUAUGUCCAUUAUGCCUUGAUAUAUUUGUCGAGGCGACAAUCCUGACUUCAUGUGGACACACAUUUUGUAGGCGAUGCCUCAAGAAAUACGAUCUAACCCACCAGGACCUUGAUCACAUGGUCUGUCCUCUAUGCAGGGAGAUCACCAAGUUGUCUGCCAACCGUGUCGAUGAUCUCCGCCUCAAUGUCUCCAUCAACGGAUGCGUAGACGAUUACCACGUCAAGUGUGGUGGGAUGAACGCUGUCCUCGAGAUGCGACAAAAAUGUUCUGGCUGCAAGCUUCAAGGAGAUGCUGUCUCAUUCUGCAGAACAUGUAAUAACUACAUAUGUGAUAAAUGUUUGCACUGUCAUCAAUAUCUUUCAGUCUUUGAAGAUCAUGAGAUUGUCUCCAUGGAUGAUGUCAUCGAAGGGAAGGUCAGCAUUGGUCAUUUAUUCGAGAAGUGCUCCAUCCACAAACUUGAGAACAAGGAUAUGUAUUGUGAGGAUUGUAAGGUCCAAGUCUGUCACAAGUGUGUACUUGUUGGUCAUAAAGCUCAUGAAAUCAAGAACCAGGUUGACUUUGAACAAGAGUUGCGACGGAAGGUGGAAGACCUUGCCCAACGAUGUGCUGACAAGAAAACAGAGCUGGAAAAGAACAUUCAAAACAUAGAAAUACAACGUCAUGAGGUACACACUGCAGUGCAGACACUACUAGAUGAUGUCAGGCAGGCUUACACCAUCAAGGCCAAGGAGCUGGAAGAAAAUCUUCGAAAUCUCACCGACCAAAUAAAUGCCUUAAAGCAUAGUUUUGAUGACGACCUCAACGUCUUGAAGUCAAAAGAUCGUCAGGUAAUCAAGAGUAUUUGUAGUUCAAUAACAUUGGUAGAUAAUGAUAGACUAGGUCAUCUUGAGACAGACACUCUAUCUGCUCAUAUCUUGCUCUGUGAGGAGCUGGAUGCCAUGCUGAAGGAAGCUACCGAUCACACUUCUGCGUCAGCAAUUACGAAGAAAGCAAAGGGGAAGAGGUUCAAACCAGCAAAUGAUACUCGUCUUGACCUCGGGAGCAUCUCAGGAUCAGAUCCCAAGAUGGAAGUCAUUCAGUGCGUUAAUCUACGGUCAAUUAUUUUUGGAAUGACACGGUACUCACACGACAGUGUGGGUAUCGUAUAUGGGUGGAAUGCACAAGGUAUUGAUAUCAUUGAUUCAAAUGGUAGUAAGCAGCAGUAUAGUAACAUACCCAAUGACAGGAAAUAUUAUGAUCUUGUCUAUCAACAAGACGGAUCUUUAUGCGUAUCGCUAUACCAUACUAAAGAAGCCUAUAUAUACUCCCCCCUUGGCUCCAGGAAAGCAACAAUCCACGUGAGAGACGGUCCUAAUGAUCUCAGAGUUAACAGAAGUCAAUCAGAUGAAAUCAUCAUUAAUAACAAUAGAAGACAAGUCUAUAUCUAUGACCCUACAGGAUCCACUCUCAAACACACUGUUCAAACAAAGCACAAUACUUGGCAGGCAUCUACCACCAGGACGGGUUUGAUCGUCACGAGUUCAUGUCAUGCCGAUCCUCGCGUGGUGACGGUCUAUGACAGGGAUGGGAAUGCUGGUGAGUCUCUACAAGCUCCAGGGGGUGUCUUCAUGUAUGUUGCCGUGGAUGAGAACGACAGGGUGUAUGUAGCGAGCGUUGAUAGAAAGAAUUGGAAGGUGGUGAUCAGGCUCUAUGAUCUCGAUGGUCUGAAUCUGAAGGAAAGAGUUGGGUUCAAUGCUUUCAAUAUUGAUAUGGCAUUGGGUUGGGAGUGGUGUUACUUGGUCUCCCUCUCCCCAGACAUGCUCGCCUUUGCUUGUGCUGAUACGUUAUAUUUCAUCAAGGUGUCACUGUAAUCCAGAUUAUCUCAACCAUGCACCUACUACAAUGUUUCAACACACUGUUACAAAUAAUUUAA